AUACUGAUGUUGACCAUACACAUGAGCAGUUUUCCAGGAAGCAGGGAGGAAAAUAUUUGACCAUAAUGCCAUGCGAAAGGCUGACAAGUGGAUCCAAGAUGGCGUAGAAAGUAUAGCUAGGAACUCUGUCCCAGAGACAUGGAGGACGGGCGACCACAGAGGUCAUGUGAAGAAGCCAUUGGAUCACUAGUGAGACAAGAGUAUGAGGAGGCGGUGACCCAGAGCACAGAGGCGCUCCUGGCUCUCGGGCCAGGGCCCCUGGGCCCCCAUGGGGCCGCCCUGCGCUCGCGCGCAUUGCUGUACAGAAUCGCCGCUUUACUACAGUUGAAGAACUACGAUCAAGCAGACAAAGACUGCGAGCAUGUCAUUGCACAAGAGCUUGCCAAGGGGGACGGUUCUUUUCGGGUGGGACUCCAGGGCAUGGUACUGGACGGGAGUCUGCAGGAGGUGUCCCACAUCCUGUCCAAGGCCCUGUUCGGGGAGCCUCUGAAUGGAAUCAUGACUAAAGACAUGACCAGAUUGAAAAUGCUGCUCUCUGAGAUAGAGGCAGCGAACAGUAAAAUGCCGUCAGAAUUCACAGAAGACAAUGAGGAAGAUGGGAAGGAGGGAUGGCAGUUUCGCCCCCCGCCAAGGGGGGUCACCAGCAGUGAAGAAUACACACUUUGUAAAAGGUUCCUGGAGCAGGGUCUGUGUCGGUACGGCGCCCAGUGCACGUCGGCCCACUCGCAGGAGGAGCUGACGGAGUGGCAGCGGCGCUACGCCUCGCGCCUCAUCCGCCUCAAGCAGCAGCAGGAGAGCAAGAGCUUCACAGAGAACUACAUGGAGGCGCUCAUCGAGAAGUGGAUCAACUCCCUAACCCCGGAGAAAGUGUUGAGUGACAGUCUAGAGGGUGUCAGCGUAGAGCACAGCUCUGACCUGUCAAUCACCGUCACCUCCAAAAAGUCAUCUCACUCGUGGACCUUCUCCCUUCUCUGCAAGCCUGCUCGCACUUUGCACCACGUGGCGCUGCUGUACGAUGCUAACCGGCCCCACUUCUCCAUAAUGGCGGUGUCGGCCGGCGACACCUCCGCCCUGGUGCCCCAGGAAGUGUGCCUGGGCGGGUGCCAGGAGUGGAGCGGGGACGCCAGCCUGGUGCCGCCCAACGGCAUGGACCACUGCCUCUACACGGUGACCGUGGCCUUCAGCACGGAGAUCUUUGGAACUUUCCGGCAGACGGUGGUGUUUGAUUUCGGCUCCGAGCCCGUGCUCACGCAGAGGGUGUUGGUGGAUGCAGCCUCCAUAGAAGAUCUGGAGCAUUUGAUGCAGGCGCGGCAGCAGUUGCUGAUGACGGCCAAGCGCUGGGACUCGUCCUGCAAGACCAUCGUGGAGUUCGGGCCGGGUGAGACAGGCGAGCUGGAGCGCAGCCUGUUGGCCCGCUACCAGAUCCCGCUGUCCGCCGACCAGCUCUUCACGCAGUCUGUGCUGGACAAGAGCCUGACCAAGGAGAACUACAUGGCCCGCCUGCACGACCUGCUCUACAUCGAGGAGAUCGCCCAGUACAAGGAAGUCAGCAAAUUCAACAUUAAGGUGAACCUGCAGCUGGUCAACAGCUUCAUGCUGACGGGCAUCUCGGGAGGAGCCAAGUACGCCCAGGGCGGGCAGCUGUUCGGCCGCUUCAAGCUGACCGAGACGCUGUCCGAGGACACGCUGGCCGGCCGGCUGGUCAUGACCAAGGUCAACUCGGUGCUGCUGCAGCCCCUGGACCGCGAGCGCGGCGGCCAGGCAGCAGGGGGCACCAAAGAGCGCGUGUACGAGGCGCUGAUCGAGGAGAAGACCAAGGAUUACAUCUUCUUGCGUGUGUGCAAGGACUGCUGUGGGGAGCUGAACCUGCUGCCUGAUAGAGAGUUGCAGGUGGAGCUGCAGUUCCAGCUGAACCGGCUGCCCCUGUGUGAGAUGCACUACGCCCUGGACCGCGUCAAGGACACCGGCCUGCUCUUCCCCGACGUCAGCCUCACGCCCACCAUCCCCUGGAGCCCCAACAGGCAGUGGGACGAGCAGCUGGACCCGCGUCUGAACGCCAAGCAGAAGGAGGCCAUCUUGGCCAUCACCACGCCCCUGUCCAUCUGCCUGCCGCCCGUGCUCAUCAUCGGCCCCUACGGCACGGGCAAGACCUUCACCCUCGCCCAAGCGGUCAAGCACAUCCUCAAGCAGCCCAACACCAGGGUCCUCAUCUGCACCCAUUCCAACAGUGCCGCAGAUCUCUACAUCAAGGACUACCUGCACCCUUAUGUGGACACCGGCAAUGCCCACGCUCGCCCCCUCAGGAUUUACUUCCGUAACCGCUGGGUGAAGACGGUGCACCCCUUGGUGCAGCAGUACUGCCUGAUCGGGCCCAACUACUGCUUCCAGAUGCCCCAGCGGGACGACGUGGAGCGCCACCGGGUCGUGGUGGUGACGCUCAGCACCUCGCAGUAUCUCUGCCAGCUGGACCUGGAGCCAGGUCUCUUCACCCACAUCCUGCUGGACGAGGCUGCCCAGGCCAUGGAGAGCGAGACCAUCAUGCCGCUGGCCCUGGCCACCAAGAGCACCCGCAUCGUACUGGCAGGAGACCACAUGCAGCUCAGCCCGUUUGUGUACAGUGAGUUUGCGCGGGAGCGCAACCUGCACGUGUCCCUGCUGGACCGUCUGUACGAGCACUACCCGCCCGAUGACCCGUGCCGCAUCCUGCUGUGUGAGAACUACCGCUCCCACGAGGCCAUCAUCAACUACACGUCGGACCUGUUCUACGAGGGCAAGCUGAUGGCCAGCGGCAAGCAGCCGCCUCACAAGGACUUCUACCCCCUGACCUUCUUCACGGCCAGAGGCGAGGACGUGCAGGAGAAGAACAGCACGGCCUACUACAACAACGCCGAGGUGUUUGAGAUCGUGGAGCGCGUGGAGGAGAUGCGGCGGAAGUGGCCGGUGGCCUGGGGCAAGCUGGACGAGGGCAGCAUCGGCGUGGUGUCGCCCUACGCCGACCAGGUGUUCCGCAUCCGCGCCGAGCUGCGCAAGAAGAGGAUGCACGACGUCAGCGUGGAGAGGGUGCUGAACGUGCAGGGCAAGCAGUUCCGAGUGCUGUUCCUGAGCACGGUGCGCACGCGCCACACCUGCAAGCACAAGCAGACGGCCAUCAAGCGCAAGGAGCAGCUGGUGGAGGACUCCACCGAGGACCUGGACUACGGCUUCCUGUCCAACUACAAGCUGCUCAACACGGCCAUCACCCGAGCCCAGUCCCUGGUGGCCGUGGUGGGAGACCCCAUUGCUCUCUGCUCGGUGGGGCGCUGCAGAAAGUUCUGGGAGACGUUCAUCUCCAUCUGCCACGACAACAGCAGCCUGCACGGCAUCACCUUCGAGCAGAUCAAGGCCCAGCUGGAGGCGCUGGAGCUGAAGAAGACGUACGUGCUCAACCCGCUGGCCCCCGAGUUCAUCCCGCGCGCCCUGCGGCCCCAGCCCCCGCCGCAGCAGGCCUCCAGCAAGCACCAGCACUCGCCGCCCAAGGCCAAGGGGACGAUGGCCAACCACGCAGAGCACUUCCCACCAGAGGGAUUCGUUCAGUCCAGUGCUGCCGUUCUCAUGGGGAACCCCAUCCAGGCGUUCACCCCCCCAGUGGCCGGCGGAGGAGCGGCGGGCUCGGCAGGGAAGUCGCCCAGCCCGGUCCAGAGAGUGGACCCCCACACGGGGGCCUCCAUUCUCUACGUGCCUGCAGUGUACGGGGCCAACAUGGUCAUGCCCAUGCCUUUACCCGUAAGUACAGCCAGCCACGGAGAGCUCCCCUGGCCAGGCUACCAGAGCCGCUUCCCCAUGGAUCCCCGGCUGAUCAACCACCAGGCGGCCAUGGCCGCCUACAACCUGAACCUGCGCCAGCCCACCAGCCGGGGCUCCCCGGGCCUCUACGGACUCAGCCACCCCUCGCCCCUCGGCCUCACCGCCCAGUCUAGCACCGACAAGGAGCUGCUGCAGGACGCCGGAACUGCAGGUAAAAUGGACAUGAAUGGGAAGGUGGAGCACGGACGCCUCCUGACCCCAGAGAGGAAAGCUCCGGAACAAAAGGACAAACAGGGCGAGUCUGACCAGGGGCCCAACAGGAGCCCUGAAGCCAUGGGCCCCCUGGGCUUCCCCGGCGGUCGCCUCCUCCGCAAGGAGCCCCCCUCCGGCCCGGCCGCCGGCCCCCAGAGGCCCAUGGGCUUCCCCCACCUGGCCUCCCAGCACCACCUGCCCCCGCAGCACCACCACCACCCCCACCACCACCCGGCCUUCCCCCCUCCUCACGCGGCCGCAGCCGCCGGCGCCAGCCAGCAGUUCCAGCAGCAGCAGCAGCAGCAGCAGCAGCAGCAGCCUCCACCCCAGCAGCAGCAGCCGGGCUACGGGCUCCCGCGCCACCAGGGCCAGAUGAGGAUGCCUCCCCACCACCAGGGGGCGCCCUUCCCCCCGCCCAACGCCGGCGCGCCGCCCAACGCCGCCUCCUUCUACCUGCCGCGGGCGCUACAGUCGCCGGGCCUGGAGGGCGACGCGUCGGAGCAGUCGGCCGUGCCCGAGGAGCUCAAGGGGGCGUUGAGGGCCAUGCAGCCGUCGGGGGCGUCCGCCGGGGCCCAGCCGCAGGCCCAGCAGCUGGCCGCCGUCCAGCACGCGCACGCACACGCCCAGCACACACACCAGCAGCACGCACACACACACCAUCAGAACAUGCACGUCAACAGCUACGGGGACGACGGCCUGGACUCCGGAAUGGUUGAGGGAAUGGACUCCCAGGGCUCAUCCAGUCUGGAGCUGAUGUCCCAGCAGGCUCGUCUGGGCCAGUGGGGCGAGCCGGGCCCUUUCCUGCCCCCGGGCGUGGCGGCGGCUGCCUUCCCCCUGCAGCCCCUGUCCCACCUGGGCCAGCCCGGCAUGCGGCUCCCGCACCAGCUCAUCCGCACCGGCUGGGGCAUGCCGCCGCCGUCAGAGGAGGACGGACCCAGAGGGCCACUCGCCAGCAGGUACCCCGGUCUGCUGCGUGAGAUGUCCGCACAGGAGCACUACGAGCAGCAGCAGCAACAACAACAACAACAACAACAACAACAUCACCAACAACAACAACAACAACAACACCACCACCAUCAACAGCAACAGCAGCAGCAGCGUGACCCCUCCGACAUGCCACCGCCUCAGUCGCGCCUGCUGCAGUACCGCCAGCAGCAGCAGCAGCAGCAGCAGCAGCAGGUCCGGGGCGACAUCCCGCCGCCCUCCCCCUCCGCCGCCGCCGGCCCCUACCACGGCUACCCCGAGCCCCCGGGCCGCGCCGCGGACAUGCAGGCGUACGCCGGCCCCCACCAGGCCUUCCCCCUGCCCCCCGACCACCCGGGCCACCCAGGCCAUCCGGCCGGCGGGCUGCCGCUCAAGUACCUGCUACCGGAGGCGGCGUGGGGCCACCCGGGCCUGGCCCAGGGCCACAUGAUGGGCCCCCAGCACGGUCUGCCCCCACUGGGCCUUCAGGGCCUGCAGGGUCCCCGGCCCGAACACAACCCCCUGCUGCUGCAGCAGCAACAGCAACAGCAGCAGCAACAGCAGCAGCAACAGGCCGCCACACACACUGCCCUGCAGAGCUUAGAAGAGUAUGAACCGCGGGGUCCCGGCCGGCCCCUCUACCAGCGGCGGAUCUCAUCCAGCUCUCCCCAGCCGUACCCCGACAGCCCUCAGGACCCCCAGCCCCCCGCGCCCCCCUGCCGGUUCCCCCCCGCGGAGCUGUGGCCCGCCAGCGGCCCUGCCUCCAUCCACAACAUUCCAUGCAACGGAGCGAGCCCCCUGGCCCCACACAGGGACAACAUAGUCACGAAGGCCAUGAAUGCUGCCGAGGAUCAUGGGAAGACGGAGGUCCUCCAGACGCCCUCGCACCCACCACCCAGCACCGCGUCUCUGCAGCACCAUGGACAGUUUCCUCCGCUGCUGCCCAGCAAGCAGACGCCUCCUGACCCGGGGGGAGGGGGCAGCCCCAGCCCCGCCGGGCCCCACAAGACCCCGACCAUGUCCUACGCCAGCGCUCUGCGCGCACCCCCAAAACCGCGGCCCGCCCCAGAGCAGGCCAAGAAAAACAACAACCCUCUCUCUCUGUUACAGGAGCUUAGCAUAGGCAGUGCAAACAGUAGCAAUGGGUAUUACUCCUAUUUUAAAUAAAAAAUCAAUUACAUACCUGUAAAAAAUAUGAAAUAUAUAUGAAAAAAAAAAGGAAAAAUAAUCAAGAAAAUGAAGAAAAAAAUGAUUUUGUCAGAUAGUUUCUUUUUGUUUUUUUUGCGAUUUUCUUUUUCUUUUUUUUACUUUUAAUUUAGCUAGUUGUUCUUUUACAGUUUGACAAUUGUGAUUUUGCAAACGAAAUUAAGCAUAUAUUCAAAGUUAUACCAAAAUGUUGGACAAAAACAAAAAUCAGGAAAAAAAAAAGAUUUAUGGGACGAAGAAAAGGAAAAAAAAAAAGUUUUUUAAACACAUUUUAAGCGAAUUAGCUAACCACUCAGUUGCCUGUCCUCUGCUUCCCUCUUUUCAGGAAUUAUGUCUGCUUUGUUUGCAUCGAUUCAUAAAAAAGUAAAAUUGUUGAAGUGAUUUUUCUUAUAUAUAUAUUUUUUCUCUUCAGCUGGCUUUUCAUUUUUGAAAUGAUGUUGAAUUCUUCCUUUUAUCAAUAUUGGUGUGUUUCCUUGUGCUUGCAUCUGAGUGGUCAGUUGACUCCCUCACACACACACACACACACACACACACACACGCACACACAAAAAAACCCUAUAUAAAAAGUUGUAUAGCUGUAGACAACCCUUUUCUCAAAACUGUACAUAUGAAUAAAAAGACAUGAAUGAAAUGAC